AUGAAGAGAGGUGGAGGGUUAAUAGACAAACAACUGAACGACAUUGAAGUAUCAAGUCAAGAAGAAAAAGAAAUACAAGAGAGGAAAACAUUAUAUAUCGAAUCAUACACUAGAGACUAUUUUGCUUAUGUUUGUGACCCACUUUAUAAAGACUUUACAACCUUUUUCAAAAAAUUUCCAAACGAAUUGUACCAUUUCGCUGAUUUCAAACAAAUUUGGAUCAACUCGGGGUUUCCUUUGGUAUUGCAAUUCGAAGGAAUUUCUCAUGACAUCGCGAAAGUCACUCUUCAAAUGGCGUUCCAAGUCGUGAUUGAUAUUUGUAUGACAAACACAAAAAGUAUCCCAACACAAAUCACUGCAUUGUACACGUUAUAUACAUUAUAUAAUACACAACACAAUAUUCCACUAUUAUCAAUCAAUGUAACCCUUCUACAUUUCUCAACAAUGGUAUCCAUUGCUAAUGAGUGUCAAACCAAUGGCCUAGUCGAUGUCAAAUUGAUUUUAAAAAAGCUAUUUGAUUCCAGUGCGUUUAUAUAUUCGAUGAAACCAAAUGUAGUUGAAUCAAAGCGAAUUCGCGAGUUCUCCAAAUUGGAUAAAACUGCGCAUGCAACGAUUCAUUACAACACUGAAUUACACCCCGAUGCGGUAUAUUGUCACACAACGAUAUUAAACCUUCAACGAUCGUUUGGGUUAAAUCGUGCGAUAUCUCCAGAGUUCUUAGAAAAGUACGAGACGCUUCAAAAAAAGUUGUAUGGUGAGAACGACACGAGUGAAAUCAAUUAA